GACUAAUUCUUGAGUGAAUGUCAGGGAAUUCGUGAAUAUCUGUGAAGGCAAGUGAGCUGAAAGAUGGGCGAGUGGUUGACGGUGCUGAACAGCGCGUGUGGGUGGCCGGGAGAUGAUGGGUGGAGCGCUUGCGCGCUUUCCCCGUCAGUGGAAAAGGGCUGUUGGGUAAAGUCCUUAUCGAUUUUGUGCAGUUUUUCACCAGGACGUUCCUCAGGAGUGAGUCACUCGCGUGAAAUUAUGUAAUUUAUACGCAGUCUUUGUAUUUGCUUGUGGUGGAAAUUCCUCCAGAGUGACUUGUGACCACCAGCACUGCCCUUAACGUGCUUUACCGUAGAUUUUUCGCUUAGGAAACCCAGAGAAAGUGAACAAUGUCGAGGGUCAUCAACGACUAUAGGAUUCGAAAGAUCGAGUCAAUUGGCAAGAUGACGCAGAUGUCCCAGGAUGAGAUCAUCAGCAACACAAAGACAGUCCUGCAGGGCUUGGAGGCACUCCGUGUGGAGCACUUGACACUGAUGUCCAGUCUGGCGGAGGUGAGAGCUGUGAACUCGGACAGAGACAAGUGCGAUUUGGUGCAGAGGAACAUUGAGAACAUCGAUUUGGGCCUCGGAGAGGCGCAGAUGAUCCUCGCGCUGAGCGCUCAUCUGCAGAAUGUGGAGGCGGAGAAGCAGAAGCUCCGCACGCAGAUUCGUCGAUUGUGCCAGGAGAAUGCCUGGCUGAGAGAUGAAUUGGCCAACAAUCAGCAGAAGUUGCAAGUGUCAGAGCAAAUGGUGGCUCAGUUGGAGGAGCAGAAGAAGCAUCUGGAGUUUAUGGAGUCGGUGAAGCAGUAUGAUGAUAAUCAGGAGAGUGUGGAGACGAUGGAGAAAUCUCGUCGGGAUCCCGUGGUUGAGCUCUUCCCUGAGGAGAGCGAGGAGGAGCGCAAUGACUCAGACUCCACGUCUGUUCAGUCCGGCGGCGAUCUCAACUACAGCCACAUGUCGAAUGUCACUGGCUACGAAAUCCCCGUGCGCCUCAGAACACUCCACAAUCUCGUCAUUCAGUACGCCUCUCAGGGGCGCUACGAGGUCGCUGUGCCGCUAUGCAAGCAAGCCCUUGAGGAUCUCGAGAAAACCAGUGGUCGAGAUCAUCCCGACGUGGCGACAAUGCUCAACAUUCUGGCACUUGUGUAUCGAGACCAGAGCAAGUACAAAGAGGCCGCCAGUCUCUUGAAUGACGCCCUGGAGGUGCGACAGAAGACUCUGGGUGAGAAUCAUCCAGCCGUGGCGGCGACACUCAACAAUCUGGCCGUGUUGUAUGGCAAACGGGGAAAGUACGCCGAUGCGGAGCCACUGUGCAAGCGCGCCCUCGAGAUUCGCGAAAAGGUGCUGGGCAAAGAUCAUCCGGAUGUGGCAAAGCAGCUGAACAACUUGGCUCUCCUCUGCCAGAAUCAGGGCAAAUACGACGAAGUGGAGAUGUACUAUCAGCGCGCGUUGAAAAUCUAUGAGGCAAAAUUGGGACCAGAUGAUCCGAAUGUGGCGAAGACGAAGAACAACUUGGCCAGCUGCUUCCUCAAGCAGGGCAAGUACCAUGAGGCUGAUGCGCUGUACAAGCAAGUGCUGACGCGGGCUCAUGAGCGUGAAUUUGGAACGGUGGAUGCGCAGAAUAAGGUCAUCUGGCAGAUUGCGGAGGAGCGCGAGGAGAACAAGGAGAGGAAUCGCGAGAAUACACCGUUUGCCGAGCACGAGGCUUGGAUGAAGGCGGCCAAAGUGAAUUCGCCGACCGUCACGACGACGCUGAAGAAUUUGGCUGCGCUGUACAGGCGUCAGGGCAAAUAUGAGGCCGCCGAGACACUGGAGGAUUGUGUGCUGAGGUGCAAGCAAGACGCCAUGGAGGCAAUGAAGCACCAGAAGGGCGCUCAAUUUCCACAAUCUCAUCACAAGACGGGAAAGAGGGAGAAGAAUCCGCCAGCGACCCUCAAUGGCAAUAUGUAAAAUCCAUCAGGACGCGCGAUUGAGGGAUCCUUGAGUGUGAUUUUCGGUUUUGAUGUGCAAUAACAAUUUUGGGUUUGCUUCCUGUGAUUAAUCAGAAUUUUCGUCAGAAUUUCUACCAAAGUACUUAGAAGGUAUUUUCCUAAAUAUUUAUAGAAGUGAACAAAGCUUAGAGUAUUUUCAGUAUAAUUACGUAGUAUUAGGCUAAAUAUUCACUGCUUCGCCUUAAAUAUCCGCCCAAAGACUAAGUAAUUCAAGUGCAACGUGUGAAAUUUGAAACAAUUUCUUGGCUUUAAAGGACAAAUUAAAGCACAUAUUUAGUUAUUUUAGCAUAAACAUAGUGAGAUUUGCUCAAAAUCACACCCAAAAGCGAUUAAGAAGCUCACUUAAGGAUUCCUCAUGGGCUUUAAUUCAUGAACAAAAAAGAAAUGCUGCAAUGAACAAUAUUCAAUAUGUGAUUUCGUGUGUGCUUUUUUCUCAUUUAAUCGCGGCAAUAUCUUAAUUUCACUUAAUUUAACCAUCAAUUUGAAUUGUAAGAGCAUUGAAAGAAAAAAAUGAUGAAAUGAAGAGCUUUUU